AGUAAACACUUGAAACCAGAAAACUUCUUCACAGACCUUCCUCGGUAGGUAACAAGAUGGAGUUCGUGCAUUGGUUGGCGUUCGCAGCCACAGCGGUGAUGCUUGCGGCGGCGAGUUGGGUCGGAUGGUCGUUGGCGGAGUGGUUAUGGUUCCAGCCGCGGCGUUUGGAACGCAAGCUGAGGGCGCAGGGGCUUCGGGGAAGCAGGUAUCGUUUACCCUCCGGUGAUAUCAAGGAUAUUGGGGAUCUCGUCGGAGAGGCUCGCCGGAAACCUCUGCAGCUUUCACACCAGAUAGUUGAUCGAGUCGAUCCCCAUUUAACUCGCAUUGUUGAUAUUUAUGGAGGUGAGAAUAAGGCACCAUUUUUUUGGUUUGGGCCUUAUCCCAGGGUGGUUAUCAUGGAUCCUGAGCUCGUAAAGGACGUUUUAUCCAGCAAAUUUGGUCAUUUUGAGAAGCCAAAACCAUCACAAAAUAUAAAGCAGCUAGCUCUAGGGCUCGCAAAUUAUGAAGGUGAGAAAUGGGCCAAACAUAGAAGAAUCAUCAGCCCUGCCUUCCAUGUUGAGAAGUUGAAGAUAAUGAUGCCGACAUUUGCUGCUUGCUGUGAUGAGCUCAUAAGUCGAUGGGAGGAUUUGGCUGAUAGUGCAGGUGUGUUAGAGAUAAAUGUUUGGUCUGAAUUUCGGAACUUUUCUGGAGAUGUCAUCUCUCGCGCAGCAUUUGGGAGCAGCUAUAUAGAGGGACGUCGUAUUUUUGAACUACAGGGAGAGCAAAGUGAGCUUGUGAUGCAUUCUACUCGGACUUUGUAUAUCCCCGGUUUUAGAUUUAUACCCACUCCAAAGAACAAGCGAAGAAACCAAAUUUAUGGUGAGGUUAUUGCAUUGCUUAAAAUCAUGAUUGAACGGAGGGAGCAUGCAAUAAAAAACGGUGAAGCUAUUCCUAAUGACUUGUUGGGCUUGUUGAUGGAAUCAAACCAAAGGCAUGCUCAAGAAGGAGAUCACAUGCAAGAUGUUAGUCUGACCAGAGAAGAUGUGAUUGAGGAGUGCAAGCUAUUUUACUUUGCUGGGCAUGAAACAACAUCUGUUCUUCUUACAUGGACCAUGGUUGUCCUCAGUAUGCAUCCAAACUGGCAGGAUCAAGCAAGAAGAGAGGUUUUACAAGUGUUUGGCCAAAACAAACCAACUUUCGAGGGGUUAAGCCAAUUGAAGAUUAUGACUAUGAUUCUUUAUGAGGUUCUAAGAUUAUAUCCACCAGGAGUUGCACUUAUUCGUCAAACUUACAAAGAAAUGAAGCUUGGAGAUUAUACUUUCCCACCAGGAGUGCAAAUUUUAUUGCCUAUCCUUCUUCUCCACCAUAGUCGGAAGUUUUGGGGUGAGGAUGCAGAAGAAUUCAACCCUGAUAGGUUUUCUGAAGGAGUAUCGAAGGCAACAAAGAACAGACUCAUCUAUUUUCCAUUUGGUUGGGGUCCUCGAAUCUGCAUCGGCCAAAGCUUUGCACUUACAGAAGCAAAAAUGGCUUUGGCAAGAAUUCUACAGCGCUUUUCAGUCCAGUUGUCCCCAUCUUAUGCCCAUGCUCCUUGUACUGUUAUAACUCUUCAACCUCAACAUGGUGUUGAUGUCAUCUUGCACAAGCUCCCUCUACCAUAAACAUCAUGCUAAGUUCUUUUAUAAACUCAGUACUAUAAAAUUUGAUGUCAGUAUCAUACUGUUAUUAUUAUAUGUAUUCUCU